AUGAGGCAGAAAAGAGCAAAAGCUUAUGAAAGGCUUAUGGCCAAAUACAGUCGAUAUUUUAACUUUAGAGAACCUUAUCAGGUGUUAGUAGAUGAUGAAUUCGCUACAAAUAUUCAUAAAUCACGUAUGGACGCUCAAAGUGUGUUCAACAAUGCCUUACGCGGAUCAACCAAGAUAUUAAUCACUCAGUGUACAAUGCAAUCACUCUACUCUCGUGGAUCGGAAGUUCAGGGUGUGAUAGACAUGGCAAAAGGUUUUGAAAGGCGGAAAUGUAACCAUAAAGAGAGUCUACCAGUUGAAAAUUGUAUAACUGAUGUCGUUGGACCUAAUAACAAGCAUAAAUAUGUUAUAGCAUCCACUAACAACAAAUUACGAAAGAAACUGCACAGUAUUCCGGGUAUACCUAUUUUACAUUACAAUAGAAUGGUUGUUGUACUAGAACCCCCGUCAGAUCCUACUACUAAACGUAUUAAUCAAAUAGAGGGAGAGAAAAUUUCACAAUCACUUAUUGAGAAGAAAGAACUGGACGCAGAACUAAGUGAUAAAGAAGAAACUGAAGAAGGUCCGAAGAAGAAGAAAAGGAAAGGACCAAAAGGACCAAAUCCACUCUCAGCAAAGAAGAAAUCAAAAUCAAAUGUUGUUCAACACUCAGAACCAGUUGGAACUGAUCAAAAGAAGAAAAAGAAGAGCAGGAGAAGACAU